AUGGAUUAUACAUUUAAAAUCUUAAGAGCUUUAUCAGGUUAUCAAUUCUUUUUAUGUCUUUUAAUUCAAGGUUUUUUUUUACAUCCAUUUUAUGAAAAAAGUUUAUCUGCUAAAUUGAUUCGUUUAGGAUUCAUGCCAAUUACGAUUUGGUUAGCAUUGAGUAGUAAUGGAAUACGUCAAUUUGAACCGAUUGAAGAUUUCUUUCAUAUGAACUUUCCUUUGAUUUCUUUUGCUACUUUUCAUGCAAUUUGUCUUUCAAUUGAAUUCGGUUUAUCAAAUGCUUCAGUAUUGGAUUCUACUAAAACUGUCCUCAAUGACAAGACUGAAGACCAGAAUGAUGAUGGAUGUGAAGUAAAAUCACCUGAUGGUUCGAUGGAUGAUCAACUAAAUGGCGGAAAGGAAAGUUUAUGCAAGAGGAAUGCAUCUUCUAAAAUCCCAUCUAUGGGCGAAAGGAUUAAAUUCCUCAUCUGGCUGAUUUUCUCACCUCGUGGAUUACAAACUUCAUGGUCACCUCCCACUUCAAUGGUACCAAGAUCAAAUCAAAUCUCAAUGAAAGAAUUUGUCAAAAGAACAUUAAAGAAAUCAAUCUUAAAUCAGUUUUUAUUUUUAAUCAUUUGGAUGAUUUCAAUUUCUUUUGCUCAACAUCCAUUUGGAGUUUAUGGAGUUUUACAAGAAUGGUUUCAUUUACCAAACUCAUUAAUUUUAAAAACACUUGCACCUUAUUUAGUUGUCGGUCCAUUUGCAUCAUCUGCUAUGUUACUCAUCGAACUUUUAGGUUGUAUGUUCAACUUAAUAGAAGUAUCAGUUUAUUAUCUAGGACCGAAAUUCCUUCCUUCUGAUCUCGCACCUGGCAAAUGGGAUAGUACUCUUUAUCCUCCUUUAUUUAAUCAACCUUGGAAAUCAAGUAGUCUGAUCGAAUUUUGGUCAAAACCUGAUUAUCUUUUAUCCUAUCACCGGUCUUAUUCAGGAUGGCAUACAAUCUUUCGUCGUCAUAUAGUCUUCUGUGGAGCUGAUCCGUCCGCUUGGAUGUUCAAACCAUUUGGAAAGGAAGCCUCAAGGUUAGCAAGUACGCUCGGGGCAAUGCUUUUCAGUGGUCUUUUUCAUGAAUUCGUGGUGGUGGCAGCUUCAAAAAUAGAUCCCACUUUUUCAACUACUUGGGUCUUUUUAGGUUCAGGUAUAGGUAUGAUAUUAGAAAUCAUCUUUAAGAAACUAACUGGACGUCAAGUAGGUGGUAUAUUUGGAAAGAUUUGGCUUUGGUGUUUAUUAUCUUUCCUUGGAACACCUGCUAUGGAAAAUUGGUGA